UCAGCCAUUCAGGAUUAGAUUCUUUUCUCUUUCCUUCUCCCUCUUUCUUUUGCGCACUCUCCUUGCGGCUAGGGUUUUACUCUCUCUCUACCUCUCUCUUAGCCCCCGGCGGAUCUUUACUGAAUACUGUUCGUAAAUUUAUACAUCAAUGGAGGAGUUAUUUAGUUAGGGUUUCUUUGUCGCCUUUCGCGGUACAAUCUCUGAAAGUUUAGCUCGUUUUCUUGGUUGGGAUUUUUAUCUGUUUUGGAAAGAAUGGCGACUACCAACCCCUUCGAUUUGUUGGGCGACGAUGACGCCGAGGACCCCUCGCAGCUGAUCGCAGCUCAGCAGAAGCUUGCCGCCGCAGCGGCUCAACCCAAGAAGGUGGCUCCAGCUGCACAGGCCAAGCCGUCCGCUGAACAGCAGCAGACCAAGCCGCCUCCUAAACUCCCCUCUAGGCCUCUGCCCCCUGCUGAAGCCGUGAGGGAGGCAAGGAGUGAAGGUGGUCGCGGAGGAGGUCGAGGAGGUGGACGCGGAUAUGGGCGUGGCCGAGGCAGUGGUGGAUUCAAUCGUGACUCUGCCAACAGUGAAAGCUCAUUCAGCAACAGUGGAGUUCCCGCUGGCCAAGGCAUGAUUGAAGAAGGAGAGCCUGGGAAGUUAACUGAAAGGCGUGGCUACAGUGGACCACGUGGUCCAUAUCGUGGUGGUCGCCGUGGUGGUUUCAGUAAUGGAGAAGUUGGUGAUGGGGAACGUCCUCGGAGAGCAUUUGAACGUCGAAGUGGGACUGGGCACGGAAAUGAGGUCAAACGGGAAGGUGCUGGCCGUGGGAACUGGGGAACCCAGACUGAUGAAAUUGUCUUGACUGAAGAAGUUGUCAAUGAAACUGAGAAGGAUGUGGUUGACGAAAAGCCAGCAGGAGAGGAAGAGGCAGCAGAUGGCAACAAGGAGAAUCCUGCAAAUGAAACUGAAGAUAAAGAACCUGAGGAUAAGGAGAUGACUCUGGAGGAAUAUGAGAAACUGCUAGAAGAGAAGAGGAAGGCCCUGCAGACACUUAAGUCUGAGGAAAGAAAGGUGGAUGCUAAAGAGUUUGAAUCCAUGCAGCAGCUAUCAAGCAAGAAGGACAGUACUGACAUCUUCAUUAAAUUGGGAUCUGACAAGGAUAGGCGGCGAGAGGCUUUUGAGAAGGAAGAGAAGGCCAAAAGGUCUGUCAGCAUUAAUGAGUUCUUGAAGCCUGCUGAAGGAGGAAGGUAUUACAGCCCAGGUGGUCGUGGUCGUGGUCGUGGUUCAAGAGGAGGGUUUGGUGGAAGUGCAACGAGAAAUGUGGCAGCCCCAUCUAUUGAGGAUCCUAGUCACUUUCCAACCUUAGGUGCCAAGUGACAUUUUCCAGGCAUUACAUUCUCAAUGGUUUUUUUUUUUUUUUCAGUUUUGGGUUCUGUUCUUAGAUCUCUAGCAGGAAAAUGACUAAAAUAAUUGGAUUUCCUGUAUUUAAAGGAUUGUUUAAAUUUUAUGCCUUGAAAUGUAUAUUUCAUGUUCAUGAA